CCAGCAGUUGCCAAGUGCUGCGGACUCUCUGUGUGCCUCUGCAGGUCGUGCUGUUAAUUCAGUCGGAAAGAAGAAACUGCCAAAUUACAGUGAUCAUCGUUCAUUUACCAGUCGCUAUCAUAAUAGUGGAUUUCGUAAUAUUUAAGAAGGAGACAUUGCCACAUUGGACACAGCAGAACCAGAGACUGAAGGGUCACACAUCAUCCUCAUACGCCACGAGGGUCGAGUGUCAGAGCUCAGAGCAACAGCAUGGGUUCGUGGUUGCACAAAGCAGCAGAGAGCGGGGACGUGAUAGACCUGCAGGAAUUGCUGGAUGCGAUGGUGGACGUGAACCACCGAGACGAGUACGGGCAGACUGCUCUCCACAAGGCUGCGGGGAGAGGCCACGAGGAGGCCGUCGCGCAGCUACUGAGGGCUGGUGCUGACCCCAGUCCCCGCGACAACAGGGGCAGGACGCCACUGCACCUGGCAGCCAGGGAGGGUCACGAGCGCGCUCUCGGGUUCCUGCUCAGGGCAGGAGCAGACGUCCGGGCCACUGACAGCUGGGAGAGGACUCCUCUGCACCUGGCUGCGAAGGAAGGGCGCGAGAUCGCUGUCAUGUGGCUCCUCGUCCUGGGGGCGAACUCUGGCGCCGCAGACAACUGGGGCAGGACGGCCCUGCACCUGGCGGCCAAGGAGGGCCGCGAGACGACGGUUAAGUGCCUCCUCGAGAUGGACGCCGACCCCAGCGCCCGCGACAACUGGCACAGGACUCCCCUCCACCUGGCGGCCAAGAACGGGCACGUGGAGUGCGGCAGUCGCCUGCUGGCUGCAGGGGCUAGCCUCAGAGUCAGCGACAACUGGGGGAGGACCCCUCUGCACCUGGCGGCGAGGGAAGGCGCCGACCGGAGCGUCCGGUGGCUGAUCCGGUACGGUGCCGUUGUCGACGCGAGGGACGACUGGGAGCGGACGCCACUUCAUCUGGCGGUCAUAAACAGGAGAGAGGCAGCUGCCGUGUACCUCCUGCGCAGGGGAGCUGAUCGUAGAUUGCAGGACAGGUGGCAGAGUACACCUGAGGACUUGGCCAACGGCGAUGAAACCUUUGCUCUUAUGAUGGUUGUCGUAGAGGAAAAUGAUGAUAUGGAUUUUAUGGACGGUAGCGAACAUGAUUUUGAUGGGGAAGACCUCACUGACCCUUGUUUCAGUUAGCCAUACUAAAUGAUUAUCAGAUGCAGGUGUCCCCUCUGUAAGUGCCUGGAUGAAUUGAUUCUCUGGUGAGAAAGAAGCAAAAUCGUACUAAUCCCAACAGCACUUAGCAAUAUUACAGCAUUCUGAUGAUCAAAACAAACUCCGUUUGAAAAAUGAAUUGUAUGCUCAUCCACACACGAUGCAGAAGCACUAAUUUAACGUGUUCUGAUGGAACAUGCCUCCAUCAUCAAUAAUAUCUACACACAGGAAACUUCAUUGCACGGAAUGCAUGCCGCGCGGGAUUAGCCGAGCGGCCUAACGCGCUGCAGUCAUGGACUGUGCGGUUGGUCCCAGCGGAGAUUCGAGUCCUCCCCCGGGCAUGGGUGUGUGUGUUCAUCCUUAGGACAAUUUAGGUUAAGUAGUGUGCAAGCUUAGGGACUGAUGCCCUUAGCAGUUACGUCCUGUAAGAUUUCACACACUUUUGAACAUUUGAACGUAAUUCAUCCAGAAAUCACCAUCCAUGCAAAAUCAUUGCAGUUAUGUACAUAAAAAAACAUAAAAGUCAGUAAAAAGGGCGAAGGUCCUGUGUCGAUGGGUUACAUUUUAGAUAUGGUUACCAAUCAAGUGACCACAAUUUCUUUUUUUGCUUUGUGUUUCUUAAUCUGUUUUUCUGCAACCAUUGACAUAACUACGAUGACUUUGCGUGGGUGGGAGACUUCAAUUGUAUUCCAUGCAAUAAAAGUGCUUAUGUGAGGAUAUUUCUGGUGAUGAACACAUGUUCCUUUGAAAUGCAAUAAUUUAGUGCUUCUGCGUCAUGUAUAUCUUCACCUACAUUUUAUUUUUCAAGUUGACCUCGCAGCUGGUGAUGGAUCAACUAAGAAAUAAAUAAAUAACUUUCCGCUUAUGACUAGUUUAACGCUAUGAAAAAUGCAGUACAGCUGGUUGUAAUGUGCCUGCUAUUCCCCAUCCCUUAUCCUUCCUUGAGUAACACCUUCACUCGAACAUCAGUCAGAGACCUCACUAGGCAUGCAAAUAAUCCUAAUGUUGUUUGGCUCUCACCACAUAUCAUACAUUAUAUUUUAGUGUCCCUACCAUCAUUUCAUUAAGAAACUGCAUGGGGUAAUAGCUACCAACAUACUAAAAUUUCGUAACCCCUCUGAGAACUUCAGACCCAAUAAUCUGUGGUUUGGCGUUCAAUCGCUGGAGUGUUCAGAGCUUACUGGCUGGACAAAAUCGGUCACUGUGUAUUUAAAAAACUGUAGGUGACCAGAAGACAGAGUAAAUAUUCGUUAGGAACUACAUAAAAGCAAUGCGACUACAAAAUGACAAAUAUUCUUUCACUUAAAUGCACUCCUUGUCCAAUUAUGAAAGAACGCUACCUUUACUGCCACACUUACAAAUACUAGUACAGUGACCCCCCCACCUCUAUCAAAAACUCUGCUAUUCAAUUCCUUAUUACUACAUCAACCACUACACCAAAACGCCUUAUUUUUCACACAUCUCCUCUUGUAUAUUAAAGACUGAAUCUUUCAGUGUCUUAUGUUUUUGUUGGUCAGACAGCUGCUCAGUGUCCAUAUUUGCACUAGCUUAAUACUUCUUCCCACGCUUCCUACACUUUCACUCCCACUGAACACAUUCAGCAAGUGUCACUUUCUAUCUCUUCAUCUCCAAAUACAUUUUCCAUUUUCUUCACGAAUUGCCAGCUUCUCACUCAUACCGUGAAACUACCCUGUGGGCUGUCUCGUAAUUGUUAAUUACAAUCUUCUAGUAUUGGAUUACCUGUUCUUCUAUCUUCAAAACUUUUAAGACACAUCCUUCGGAGACAAACUGGUCAAUCUCAACCACAAUCGCCUCAGUAUAUAAAAGCCCUAAGUAAGUUAUUGGUUUGCUUUCAUAGACAAUAUCUGGUGUCCAACAAUAAAACUAUCUUUUUGUGUGAUAUUGUUAUGUAACUAGCCUGCAAGAUGUGCAUAAUCGGAAAUGUUGAGCAUUAUGUGAAGCUAACUAAAAACAACAACAAAAAAUAUAAUAAAAUAUAUGUAAGUUAUAA